AUGACCACGAGUGGCUUCAGAGUCAAGUGACUAGGCUUUCUAAGCUAACCCCGUUCAUUGAUCUUUUGCAAAAAAUGUUGGCUUGGGAGCCACGAGAUAGACCAACCGUGGCCGAAGCUCUUGCAAGCGACGCCUGGCAUCUAGUCCAGACAAUGAAACAAGAGAGGGAGGAUGAGAAGCAGCAGAAGCGAAAGGCCGAGAUGCAAUCAGACGGGGUCAAGAGAGUUAGGGUGCUCUCACCUAGUGAGAGAGAUUACAAGAUUUUUGAGCCGUGACCGGUUAAUUCAAGAAAAUCCCUCGUCAUUGAAGAAACUUGCUUGUAUAUAAAGCAUGUAGUCUGUUGUCAUUUCCCCCUCGCUAAUAUGCAAUUAUACAAUCCUAGCAAUAUUUAUUGCGCU